UGGGAGUGUUUAUUUCGUAGCACAAGGAGCAGUUGCAUUUCUUUUUAGAGGACGAAGGACGACUAAAUGCAAUAGAAAAAAAGACGCAAAGGUUUAAAUCCCUUGAAAAUAAAGGGGCGACCAAGAUGGCGAUUAACUUGGGUGUUAAGGCUCUGCUCGGCUGGGUCAACACCAUAAAACUUUCCGACCAGGAACUAACAAUUGGUGAUUUACAAGAUGGGACAAUCUUGCUAAAAGUUGUUCAAACGCUGAAAAAGGAAUCAAAGUUCUGUUUCAGUAAUUCUGUUGAGGACCGAUUCAAGAUAAUUGCAGAUUUUUUGGAAAGGGAUUGCAGAUAUAGUGCAGCCAAAGGAACUACAUUAUCUUGGGACAACAUUAGAGAUGGCGUCAACCUCACAGUUGAAAUUGCAAAGGUGCUUUUGUUGCUUGUCUACCAUGACAUAAUGAACGACCGCUGCACUCUGACGAACAUGUUGGAAUGUGAGGUGGAGCAAGAGAUAGCACACCUAACUGGUUCCUUUGUGAUGGAGAGCGAUGGCUGCGUUUAUCUGAGUGAUGGACUUGAUGCCUAUCUGACAAGGAAACGUUUGCCUGUACGCUGUGAAAUCUUUCGAUCAGCGACCACCUCGACAUCAAAUGCGUCGACUAUGUCCUCGUUCUCAGACGACGAGUCCCCUGUCUUCCAUCGCAAAAAGAAAAUCACAUUUGUGGACAUGCAAACUGUGGCUUCCUCCUCAGUCAGCAAAUCUCCUCUGCAAGAUAUAAUGAACACACCCAAAUUUCAGCUGAGGAAAAUGCAAAGACAGAUGAUCAAGGAGAGAGACUACAGAGAUGGGUUGGAAAGGGAGCUGGCCAGCAAGCUAGCACUCAUUGCAGAGAGAGAGUCUCAUAUUAAUCAGCUGCAGUACCGCCUGGAUAAGAUGAAAGAAGAGCAGGGUGAUCAGGAACAGGUCAUCACACAGCAAAUCAAUGAGUUUGAAACCAAGAACAACAUGUUACAAAUGCGUCUUAAUGAGAUGUUAAAGGAGAAUAAAGACCUUAAGUGUAACUCCUCACUUAUGGAGCGCAAAGUGGACGAGCUGUCAGACGAGAAUGGCCUACUCUUGUCCCAGGUGAGAACAGUGUCGUCACAACUGGCCAUCUUUGAGUCAGAAGUUGGCAGGCUGACAGAAACCCAAGUAUCUGCUCAGGAGGAGUGGGGAAGGAAAACAGGCCACCUACAAUCUGAACUUAACCAAGCUACUUCUCAAAAGGAGCUAUUGACUGAACAAAUUCAGAUCCUCCAGGGAAAGAUUUCCUGUUUGGAGGAUGAAAUAAGCAGGGCCACCAAGGAAGAAGUAGGGGAGAAUAUGGGUCCAGUAAUGGAGAGAGAAAUGUUGGACAGUUUGAAGAAUGAGCUGGAGAGCACAUCUUGCGCCCUGAAAAAGGCUGAGAUGGACAUUCAGACCAAAACACAACAACUGGCAGAAUAUCAACAAGAAAUUAUGCAACAGAAAGAGCUUCUGAAGCAACAGGAGUCCCAAACUGAAGAAAUUCUUCAAGCCAAGGAUGACCUUUUAGACAAACUGCAAAAGGAGAUCACUGAGCAGAGAACAGUCCUUCUUCAACUUGAGCAAGCUGAGCAGCAGAAAAAUGAGCAAAUGACCAGACUCCAACAGCAUAUUGCUGCUUGUGAGGAAGAAAUCGAAAAACUAAAGGAAAUUAAGGAAGAGAAAGAGUACCUUCUUCGGCAGACUGAAGAAAAUUUGAAAGACCUCGAGACUAAAAUAUCUGCUGCCAGUUCCCUCUUGGCUGAUAAAGACCAACAAAUUAAAAGUCUUAAAGAAGAAGUCGACAUUCUUACAGGUGAAACCAGAAACAGCAAAAAUGAAAUCCAUGCCAAAGAGGAAAUGCUUGCCAAAUUACUUCUGGAGAAGUCUAAUGAGCAAGACAUUUUUCAGAAUAAAAUCCAGACCUUAACUGUCCAAGUGGAAGACCUUAGCUCAUCUCUCAAACAGGCUGAGCAGGAAAUUCAACUUAAGCAAGACCAACUGACCAAAACCCAACAGGAAAAUGUUCAACAAAGGGAGGCACUCCAACAACAGAUUGUGACCUGUCGAGAGGAAAUUCAGAAGUUAAAAGAAGAGAUAGAGGUAAAAAAUGAGCAGCUUGUUUUUCUAAACAAUGACAACUCUCGGCGGUCUGAAUUGAUGGAGCAAGAGAUAACAGGUCUGAAAGGCCAACUUGAAACUCUGAAUCACUCUCUCAGAAAGGCUGAGGACCAAGUUAAGGCUCAGGAGGUUAUGCUUACAAAACAGGAGCAGCAAAGUGCUCAUCAGACCGAGAUCCUGCAACAACAACUGUCUGCAUCUGAGGAGAGGGUAAGGAGCAUGAAGGAGCAGAUCCAGACUAAAGAGGAUCAGAUGGACGUGUUGAUAAAUCAGAGUUCAGAGCAGUCAGAACUACUACAUCAAGAGCUACAAGAUUUGAAGAAAAAGGUUGAGUCUCUCAGUUCCUCGCUGAAUAAUGCAGAGGAGAAGCUACAAUCCAAGGAAAAUCUGUUUGCUGAACUGCAACUACAGAGCACUCAGGAUAUGGAGGGUCUCCAGACGCAGAUGUUGGCAUCUCAAGAUGAGGUGAAGAGGCUCCAUGCAGAGAUUCAUGCUAAGGAGGAGCAAUUAAUUCUGCUCAAGACUGAGGCCUCUACACACUCUGAAUUGCUACAGCAAGAGAUUGAAAGUCUUAAUAAACAAAUUAAUACUAUGAGCAAUUCCCUUCAGAUUGCCAACGACCAGGCCCAAGCCAAAGAAGAUUUGAUGGCCAAGCAGAAGCAGGAGAGCACUUUGGAGAUUGAGGCACUGGGAGAGCACAGUGCGGCUCUUCAGGAGGAGGUUAAUCGGCUGAAGGAGGAGAUCCAAACUAAAGAGGACAAGGUAAAUUUGCUAAAGGCUGAGAGCUGCAAAGAGUCAGAAGUGCUGCAGGAGGAGAUCCAAACUUUAAACGACAAAGUACAAACUUUGAAUGAAUCCCUGAAGACUGCAGUAGAACAGGUUCAGGCUAAAGAAACCCUGCUGACUCAAAAGGAGCUGGAGAUUUCUCAGGAAAAAGAGAAAUUUCAAAACAUGACAACAAACUCUGAAAAAGAGAUUCGAGGCCUUAAGGAGCAGAUCCAGACUAAAGAGGAUCAGAUGGAUGUGCUGAAAAGGCAAAGUUCAGAGCAGUCAGAACUACUUCAUCUAGAGCUACAAGAUUUGAAGAAACAGGUUGAGUCUCUCAGUUCCUCGCUGAAUAAUGCAGAGGAGAAGCUACAAUCCAAGGAAAAUCUGUUUGCUGAACUGCAACUACAGAGCACUCAGGAUAUGGAGGGUCUCCAGACGCAGAUGUUGGCAUCUCAAGAUGAGGUGAAGAGGCUCCAUGCAGAGAUUCAUGCUAAGGAAGAGCAAUUAAUUCUGCUCAAGACUGAGGCCUCUGCACACUCUGAAUUGCUACAGCAAGAGAUUGAAAGUCUUAAUAAACAAAUAAAUACUAUGAGCAAUUCCCUUCAGAUUGCCAACGACCAGGCCCAAGCCAAAGAAGAUUUGUUGGCCAAGCAGAAGCAGGAGAGCACUUUGGAGAUUGAGGCACUGGGAGAGCACAGUGUGGCUCUUCAGGAGGAGGUUAAUCGGCUGAAGGAGGAAAUCCAGACAAAAGAGGGUGAGAUGAACCUGUUGAAGGCUGAGAGCUGCAAAGAGUCAGAAGUGCUGCAGGAGGAGAUCCAAACUUUAAACGACCAAGUACAAACUUUGAAUGAAUCCCUGAAGACUGCAGUAGAACAGGUUCAGGCUAAAGAAAACCUGCUGACUCAAAAGGAGCUGGAGAUUUCUCAGGAAAAAGAGAAAUUUCAAAACAUGACGACAAACUCUGAAGAGGAAAUACAGGGGCUUAAGGAGCAGAUCCAGACUAAAGAGGAACAGCUGAUCAUACUAGAAAAGGACGGCUGCAUGCAUUCUGACAUGCUACAGCAAGAGAUUGAAUCUCUAAAAAAUCAACUCACUACUGCAGGUGACUCUCUCACAAAGGCUGAGGAGAGGAUUCAGACUCAGCUGGAUAUGCUCACAAAACAUGAACAGGACAGUUCUCAUCAGAGGGAGCUUCUACAGCAGCAACUGUCUGCUUCUCAGGAAGAGGUGAGGAAGAUGAAAGAGGAGGUCAGAGCUAAAGAGGAACAGAUGGUACUGCUGACGACUGACAACUCAGAACAGUCGGAUUUUCUUAAUCAGGAGAUCCAAAGUUUGAAGACGCAGGUGGAGAGUCUUGGCUCCUCAUUGAGGAAGGCUGAGGAUGAUAUACAAUCCAAGCAAGGUCUGUUGGCUCAACAGGAACAAGAAAAUAAUCAACAGAGGGAAACUCUCCAAAACCUACAGGAGAAAGUCAAACAAGUACAGAUUCUGCAUAAAGAGAUUUCUUCAUGCGAAGAAGAGAAUCAAAAGCUUAAACAAUCUCAGACUGAGAAAGAAAGCCUCCUUCUCAAGGCUGAGGAUAAGCUGCAGACACUCCAGACAGAACUGACUGCAGUAAACACACUUAUAACUGAUAAAGACCGAACUUUGGAUACUCUUAGAGAGGAGGUAGCUGCUCAAGCUUACUUUGUUCAACAAGCCAAAGAGGAAGCUGAAGUCAAUGAGAAGAUGCUGGCUGAGAUGAAGGAAGAGCACUCCAACCAAACAGAUGUGCUUCAACAAGAGAUCCAGGAUCUGAAAAGUGAAUUGGAAACCACAUCUCUGAAUCUUCUGACCAAAGAGAAGAUGUUAAUUGAAACUCAGAGGGAGUCUGCUGAACAGAUAGACCUCCUCCAGCGGCAGCUUGCCUCAGUAAAUACAGAGCUGAACCAACACAAAGAGACAAAAGCUGCAGAGCUCAAACUGAAAGAGGCUGCAGAUGUUGCCACUUUUAGGGAAAAGGAGUCUCUUUUUAAGGAGAAGGAAGUGCUCAUGGCCAGGAUACUCCAGGCAGAAAAGAAUCAGAAAGCUCUGGAAAAACAACUUGAAGGCAUGGUCCUUGAGAAGGAGAGACUUGCACAAGCCAAGCAGGCCAUAGAGAGAGAAAACAUUGCCUCUCAUAAACUGGAAUCUUUGCUACAGCAGGAUCUGGAAACAUUGAAAAUGGAGAAAGAGAUAUUCCUGAAAGAAAAAUCCAAAGAAACAGAGACUCUGAAGAGAGAUCUGCAGGAACAGCUCACGGCUAAAUCGGAGGCUGUAGAACACUACAAGGCACAGAUGGAGAAGGCGAUGAGUCAUUACAACGGCAAAAAGCAGCUUCUCCAGGAAAGCCAAGAGGAGGUGGCUGAGCUCAAGCUUUCCUUAGAGGUUAAAGAGCGUGAAGUAAACGCUACCACCAUGGAAAACAAACUUCUUCAAAUGGAUUUGGACAAGGCCCAAACCAGUGAGAAGGCUCUUUUGAACAAGGUGGCCAGUUUGGAGGCACAGCUGGCCUUUGCAGACCGAAACCUGCGGGUACAAAAUAAGAUUCGUGGUAAUGAAGGAAGUACAGAGUCAGGUUACUUGGAGGUUCGCAAUGCACACUCAAGUGUUCACACUACUGCAGAAGUGAAGAGAGCCGUGAGCUCCGACAGCCUGGACCAGAGUUCUCUGGAGGACUCUCUGAACACUGCAAGGAAACUUUCUGCACCUGAUGAGUCAAGCACACCACUUGUUCGCAGUUCAGAGCGCUUGGCAGCCAAACGCCGGGGCCUAAAGGCUGAGUCCCUGGAAACGCUAUACUUUACACCUAUAAACACCAGACAGAUCAACAGGACCAGCACAGAGCACAACAUGGAACUGGAUUCAGCUCGUAAAAAUCCAACUUCAUCUGUUAAACGACGCAGAACCACGCAGGUUAUUAAUAUCACCAUGACCAAGAAAACCCCGGGUGGUGGUGAACAUGAUGAGACUUUCUACAGUCUGGCCCCAGCUCACUCCCAGCCAAACCUGUCCAGCGCCCACUCUGCACGACCCGUGUCUAUGGAGCUCUUUGACACACCUGGAAGAGCGACCAGUGCCGCCAGUAACCAGCUCAUCGGCCUUCCGGGGUACCGAAGGAGCACAAUGCAUUCACAGACUGCUGGUACAUUCUGUGCAGGGGCAGAAAAUGAGCCCGAAGGUGCACCUGAAGAUUGGAUGAGGAUUGCGGAGCUCCAGUCCAGGAACAAGGCCUGCCUUCCUCAUCUGAAGAGCAGCUACCCUGUGGAGUCUGAGACCGGCCGUGGAGGUACAUUUGCUUUCACAGAUGAAGAGCUUCGCACCGGUGACCCAUCUGACACAAUCCGUCGGGCGUCCAUGUUCCCCGGCCAGUUGCAAGAAUCUCUUGCCUCCCAUCGUUAUUCUUUCAUGGUAGGACAAACAGGUGUUGCUGCGGGUACGCGUUCUCAUCGUCUGUCCUUGAUGCCAGGCCAGCUGCCAUCAAAAACCGUCAGCGCCUCUCAGCUGAGGAGCCCAAAAGGCACAAAGCGGACUUCAUCUACCUUGUCUGUUCAUAUGACUUCUCCUGAGAAAAAGGUGAAAGCCAGCUGUUUCCCUCGUCCACUCACCCCCAAAAAUAAGAACUUGCUCAGUGAACCUUUCAGCUCUCACCCUGCCCGCACUCCGGCUGAUCGGAGGCAGUCUAUGAUGUUCACUAUCGACAACACGCCUAAAAACAGCAACUACCUUAAGAAAGGCCUGAACAAACUACGGGGCUCCACUCGCAAAUCUCCAGGCAAAAGUUUAAAGAAGUCGCCUGGAGUGUCAUCUGCUCGCAAGGGCCAGGAAAACAUUCGUACAGGGAAUUCCCGCACAGGAGUGGUUCGAGCAGACAGAGCUGGCAGCUUGAAGUCUCCUGGACUGACGGCCAGUGCUCGCAAGAUGAUGAGCAGGAUGAAGGUGUGAGGACUGCCUCCCAAAUAUGUGUUAUGACGGUCUACAGAUCUAUUUGAUCAUCAUUUUUUUUCAUCUUUUCAUAAUUUCACUUUUAAGGUUUUCCUUC